UGGCAGUCGGCAAAUCACACUCUGUAGAUAUGAACACCAAUCUGGGCGAGACUAAGCUCAAGGAGUACUACGAUGUGGCACUGGAAUUGGUUAUACAGUGUGGAAGCAUAUUUGAGCAGGGAUACAACAAAUCUAAAAAAGAGGUUAUGGUGAAAUCCGACUUCUUUGACUUUGUAACCAUCUACGAUCGCCAAAUUGAAGCUAAGCUAACCGAGGGUCUAUUAAGAGCAUUUCCCGAAUCGCGCAUUGUGGGCGAGGAGGCAUUGGCGACCGCCAAGCAGUUGCCCGAGCUAACGGAUGCGCCUACUUGGAUCAUUGAUCCCAUCGAUGGCACUACAAAUUAUAUACAUCGUUUGCCUAUCUGCGGUAUUUCAGUAGCUUUGGCUAUCAACAAGCAAUUAGUGGUGGGCAUUAUCUACAAUCCGGCCGCAAAUGAAUUAUACUCGGCAUGGAGCGAACACGGUGCCUUUCUCAAUGGGAAACCCAUUAGAGUUUCCGGCGCAACAACGAUCUCUAGCGCGGUUGUUGGUCAUGAAAUAACACUAAUUAAUGUGGCUGCCUGGCGUGAUAAGAACCUGAAGCGUGCCUACAAAUUGGGCUCCUUGGCCGCAGGGACGCGUUGCUUUGCCACCGCUGCCAUCUCUCUGGCAUAUGUGGCCAGCGGCACAUUGGACGCUUAUCAUGUUGAUGACUUGAAGCCCUGGGACGUAGCCGCAGGCGUUCUCUUGGUACGCGAAGCAGGUGGCGUGGUACAUCAGACGGACGGUGGAGAGUUUGAUGUUAUGAAGCCCAAACUAGUGGCUGCUGGUCGAGAGUCACUGGCUCAGGAGGUUAUACAAUUGAUCAAGCAGGCUGACGGCAUCAAGGGCUACACAUUCUCUUAGGCUAAGCGAUGGUACUCACAUUUGGCGGCAUUCCAUGUGUUUGGUAGCCAAUUGGUGACAUGUUGGGUCCGUUUGGCGGCAUCUGCAUCCCCAUGUGCGGCGCUGUAAAUAAUUUAAGCUAGUGAUUAAAGCAGUCAAUUAAAACUGAAAUAUUUUG